AAAUAUAUUCGCAUACAACUUUUUCCCAGGCAGACGCUUAAGUAUAAUAUUUUCUUACGAGUAUAGGUAGUUCGUCCUAUUUAUCCAAAGUCAGUGCGUCGUAAAAAGGAAUAUAACAUAAAAAAUUAAUUUAGAAAAAAAAAAACAAAAAGGAUUGCAUUUUUGGGGUACAAUUUGCAAAAUCCUCCGGUCGAAGUCAUGCGAAGUCGUACUGAAUUAGUGACCACAACAUUCAUCGAUUCCGAAGACGAUUUUACAGAAACAGAUGAUUCUGAGGAAGAUUGGCGCCCAUCGGCAUCCAAUCGAAAUGUAAAAAAACGCUCUCACACCACAAAAGGACGAAAUCGUGGCAGCCGCAAGAGAAAAUCUUCAGGUACAUCUUCCAAUGGAACGAAUCACAAGAAAAAUCGACGACAAGCUGCUCAAGAUGCAAUCUAUCAAACAUUUGACGAUUCAGAUGAUGAGGACGAAGAGGAUUAUGAAUAUUUCAAGGCGGCAAGGACACAAUUGGCUGCCGAGGUCGAACCAAAAGCAAUAAUAUUACCGCCAAAGAAAAAAGAGAAGAAUCUGAGUAUGAAUGGAAAUACUGCUUCAGGGAUAUUUCAGCUUUUUCUAUAUCGCAAGGACUUAAAGGAAGACUAUGUGACAAAUUCUCAUUUGUGCUUGUGGCGCAAAGAUGGUACAAACUUGUUGCAAAAAUACAUAAGGGUAAAGACUGGAGUUCCUGAUGAAUUCAUGUUUACAUCGUCUUCUGUGUAUUCGACGUGGGAUGAGAAACGACGCCGAGAUUUUGUGACUUUUGCUGUCAAAUGCCACGAAGAAAACCACCGCAGAGUAACAUUUGUCAAUACAAAUGACCUUCACUCGUUGGCAAGAAGUGAAUUGGAAAGAAUUAAUCCGGGUAUGGAGGACCAUCAUGUGGACAAUGAUGAAAGCGAAGAAGAAGAAAACGACGCUGAUGCUGAAUAUAACUCUGAUGUUAGUGAAUGUGAUGAAAAUAAUGGUUUAUUUCAACCAGACGAUGACGAAGCAGAGGUCGAAUGCGAUGAAGAAAAUAUUGAGGAAAUUGAAGAUGAAGAGGAGCAAGCUUCUGAGGAAGAUGACCCAGUUGAAGAGGAAUUUGAUGAUUUUGAACAGCUAGAGGAAGAAGACGAUGAAAUUGAAGAAAUUGAGGAGAACGAUGAUGAAGACAAAGAGAAUCAAUAUGAAUCUGACCAUGAACAAGAGUAAGAUAAGACUAAAGAUGAUAGAUUUGUAGAAUUUUUUUAUAUUUGUUUUGAGUUUUUGCGAUAGGGACAAUAUGGACAAAUUGUGUGCUUAAAAAAUUUAAAAGGUCUUUCUUAAAUUCAGCAAAUUUGUUUGCUUUUAAGUUUUUAACUAUCCUUUUUUAAUGAAAACUUAAGUGCUUACAAUUCUAAAUCACUUUAAUUUGACAUUCAGCUAAGAAAACGGUUAUUCAGUGGCAUACAAAAAAUAGAGUUUUACAAUAUAUUUGAUUUAAAAAGGAAAAAACAGCAUGCUGACAAAGUUAUUCAACCUUUUAAAGUGACUGUUAAAUUUUUGAGUCUAUUUAUUUUGGAUUUUUUUUAUUUAAACAUGUCCACAUUUGAAAAAAGAUAAAACAAACUGUGCUUACAUCUCUUAUCCCAAGCAGCAUAGCAAUUGAUAUAAAGUUUGUUAACUAUUUUAAGUAAUAAUUUUCGUCUAGCCAUUAUAUCUAGCUUAAAGUAGUAAUUAGAGCUUUAAAUUAAUGCUCAAAACAAAAUAUAAACACGCACCUGAAAAAAAAUUAUUCUUCUUGUACUUCAAUCUAUUAAUCGGAUUCUUUUUUGAACUGAAAGUUUAUUGUUCUCCUAUUUUUAAAUUGCUAACUAUAACGCUCAAAGAGAUGCCAAAUGAAUUGUGACUCUCACUUAAAAAUUAAAGCUAUAAGCAUCACAAUUAAUAUUAAUUUUAUUAAUAAUAAUAAAAUUAAUUAUAUUUAAUAAAAAGUAACUAUAAAAUCAAAAAUUAAUGAAAGUCCUAAUCCUACAGUAAUUUUAUCCUUAAGUACAACGAUACUUUAGAAAUUAUUGUAUAUUUAAAAUUAUAAGAUACAAAAAACAAAAACAAAUAUUAUUAAAAAUUGUGAUUUUAAAAAUUAAGUUCAUUUAUAUACUAUUAUUUAUUUAAAAAUAUUAUUAUAGUUUAUUUCGAUGAAUAAACUCUGUUAGCUUAGUGCACUUAAGUAUAUAUUAUAGUAUUAUUAUAGAAAUACAAAAAAAGGAAUAAGAAAUUCAGUUCAAAGUGAGAAGGAGUCGAAAAAAAAUUAUUAAAACUAUAAGGACAUCUUUGUAUUGCUAAUCAAGAAAUAAAAAAUUAAUCAUGGAAACCAAAAUUUUGAUUUUU